GACGGCGCUUCAGACGGAGGCAAGGAGACGAGAAACCCCACCGCUGCCAAAACCCCACAUUCUUGGAGACGCUCAUUAAAUGGGAAUUAUCGUCCGAUUAGUGUCCGUUUCGCGAAGAGAAACGUGCCGCUGGAAAACGAACAUGGCUUGAGAGACAGAAGCCUUGGUUAAAGCUUCGGUGGCGAGUUUUCCGCCGUUUUCCGCUCGUUGUCGGUUUAACGGCUCGUUCUUGUCAUUUUUUGAACGUUUGCUAACCUAGCCGGCUAACGGUAACGGCGCUUCUCGUCCUGAGGAAGAAGCGACGAUGUUUGGAGGCUUUUAUUCGCCUUCCAGUUUCGCUGCUUAGCUGUUUCGGGGAUUUAAGCGAGCAGGGCGGCCAGUCUUAGGAGAAAGCAGGAUAAUGUGCGCUAACGUUAUUUCUUCCACCUCAGAGGCGAAGUCGCCAACGACCCGAGAGGAUUCGCUGCUAAUUCGGGCUACGCUGGUGCUCUCCGCUCCCUUAGCGCUGCUGGACCUUUGUCUGGGCUUUUAGCUGAAAAGGAGGGAACGACUUGUGUGAAUUAAAGUAUGUUAUUCAAUGAAAUGAAAACUCAAGAGCGCCGUUAAAACCGACUGAAGAGAAAAAAAACCGUGGUCAUUCAGCGAAUACCGUUUCUGUGGAACAUCUCACUGUACGACUGGGGGAAGAUGGAAAACGAGGUGUUCACGCCUUUGCUGGAGCAGUUUUUGCUCACUCCUCUUGUGGCCUGGGUGAAGACCGUGGUCCAGCCCACCGUGAACGAUGGAAGCAAGCUCUCCGAGUACGUAGAAUUAGUGGACGGCGCGUACUUGAACGAGGUCAUGCUUCAGAUAAAUCCUAAAGCGUCCACUCAGAGAGUCACCAAGAAAGUGAACAACGACCCAGUAUUACGCGUACAGAAUCUCUCCAUCCUUAUACGGCGGAUCAAAGCAUAUUAUCAGGAGACCCUGCAGCAGCUGGUGAUGAUGCCUCUGCCCAAUGUGCUGGUGCUUGGCAGGACCCCACUUACUGAGCAAGGCUUGGAAGAAGUGAAGAAGCUGUUGUUGCUGUUACUGGGUUGUGCUGUCCAGUGUGAGGAAAAAGAGGAGUACAUUGAGAGAAUCCAGACACUGGACUUUGACACAAAGGCUGCUAUUGCGUCUCACAUUCAAGAGGUCACCCACAAUCAGGAAAAUGUUCUGGAUCUGCAGUGGCUGGAAGGUGGGGAGUCUCCCCCUGAUGACCUGGACUCUCUCUCUAGAAACCUGGCCUUCCACCUCAAACGCCUGGUGGAUGAGAGAGACGAACAGCUGGAGACCAUUGUGGAGCUGACUCAGGAAAGAGACUGUGGUCAGUUCUCGCCCCCUGCACCCAGUGCCCAGUCACCCAAUGACUCGCCCAGUAUGCGCCGCACUGAAAGCAGGCAGCACCUCUCCGUUGAACUGGCAGAUGCCAAGGCUAAGAUUCGACGCUUUCGACAAGAGCUAGAAGAGAAGAGUGAGCAGCUAAUGGACUGCAGGCAGGAGCUGGAGAACCUAGAGAAAGAGUUAAAGAGGAUUCAGCAAGAGAACCUACAGUUACUGUCUGAUGCACGAUCUGCCAGGGCCUACCGUGAUGAGUUGGAUGCCCUGAGAGAGAAAGCCAUUCGAGUGGACAAGCUGGAGAGUGAAGUGGGCCGUUACAAAGAGAGGCUCCAUGACAUUGAGUUUUACAAAGCCAGAGUGGAGGAACUGAAAGAGGACAAUCAGAUUCUUCUGGAAACGAAGAGCAUGCUAGAGGACCAGCUGGAGGGCUCCAGAGCUCGCUCUGAUAAACUGCAUGAAUUAGAGAAGGAGAAUCUGCAGCUGAAAGCCAAAAUCCAUGACAUGGAGAUGGAGCGGGACAUGGACAGGAAACGCAUCGAAGAGCUAUUGGAGGAGAACCUGACACUGGAGAUGGCUCAGAAGCAGAGCAUGGAUGAGUCCCUACAUUUAGGCUGGGAGCUGGAGCAGCUCUCCAAAACCACACCUGAGCUCACGGAGGUUCCACAGAAGUCUCUGGGUCAUGAGGUGAAUGAGCUGACCUCCAGCCGGCUCCUUAAGCUGGAGAUGGAGAAUCAAACGCUCUUGAAAACGGUGGAGGACCUGAAAAGUUGUGGGGAGGCUAGCACACGCCUCCUCAAAGCCGAGAAGGAGAACCAGAAACUCAGCAAAAAGCUGGAACAGCUGGAGAACGAGAUGCAUGUGGACAGAGAAAGCCUGCGCAGUGCUGAGAGCCUCAGCUCAGACCUGAUGAAGGAGAAAGCACAGCUACAGAAAACCUUGGAAACACUGAGAGAAAACUCAGAGAGACAGGUUAAGGGACUGGAGCAGGAAAAUGACCACCUGAACCAGACUAUUGCCUCCCUGAGGCAGCGCUCUCAAGUCAGUGCUGAGGCCAGGGUCAAAGAUAUAGAGAAGGAAAACCGUGUGCUUCAUGAGUCCAUCAAAGAGACCAGUAGCAAACUCAACAAACUUGAGUUUGAACGUAAGCAACUGCGCAAAGACAUGGAGUACUAUAAAGAGAAAGGCGAGAAGUCUGAGGAGCUAGAGAUGGAGGUCCAUCGCUUAGAGCGGGAGAACGAAGGGCUGCAGAAACGGGUGGCCAGCCUCAGCAUCACCUGUGAGAAAGUGGAGGCCCUGGAGAAGGAGAACACUGAGCUAGAGGCGGAGAGCAGAAAGCUGAAGAAGAAGAUUGAUGGGCUGAGAAAUACAGUUCUCCAGUUAGAGGCCCUAGAGAAGGAGAACACUCAGCUGGAUGAGGAGAACUUGGAGCUACGGCGCAUGACUGAAUCACUAAGGUCUGCAGGCGCCAAAGCCGCUCAGCUAGAGCUGGAGAACAAGGAGCUGGAGAGUGAGAAAAGCCAACUACAGAGGAGCUUGGAGCUGUUGAAAGCUUCAUCAAAAAAGACUGAAAGACUGGAGGUGAGCUACCAGGGCUUAGACUCUGAGAACCAGCGGCUCCAGAAGGCCCUGGAGAAUAGUAGCCGGAAGAUCCAGCAACUGGAAGGUGAACUCCAGGACUUGGAGAGCGAGAACCAGAGCCUUCAGAGGAGUCUGGAGGAACUCAAGAUCUCUAGCAAGCGUUUGGAGCAGCUGGAGCAGGAGAACAGAGUGUUAGAGCAGGAGAGUACACAGCUGGAGAAAGACAAGAAGCAACUGGAGAAAGAGAAUAAACGCCUGCGACAGCAGGCUGAAAUCAGAGACUCCAAAUUAGAUGACGACAAUCAGCGUAUCUCGCAUCUUGAGAAGGAGAACCGCGCCCUUAGCAAGGAAGUAAGCACCCUCAAAGACUCCUACAAUCGCGUUAGAGACCUUGAAAGGGACAACAAGGAGCUAGUGAAGAAAGCCACAAUUGACAAGAAGACACUGGUCACAUUGAGAGAGGAGCUGGUUAGUGAGAAACUGAAAAGCCAACAGAUGAAUAAUGACCUGGAGAAACUAACUCACGAACUGGAAAAGAUUGGUCUGAAUAAAGAGGGACUGUUGCAUGAUGAACAGAGUUCUGAUGCCAGAUUCAAGCUGCUGGAGUCAAAGCUGGAGUCCACUCUGAAGUCUUCACUAGAAAUUAAGGAGGAGAAGAUUGCCUCCUUGGAAGCUAGACUACAGGAGUCUUCCAACCUCAACCAGCAGCUCCGUCAGGAACUCAAAACAGUCAAGAAGAACUAUGAGGCUCUGCGACAGAGGGAAGAAGAGGAGCGCAUGGUGCAGAGCUCGCCCCCUAGAGGAGUUGAAGACUCAAAGAGUAUCAGUAAGUGGGAGAAGGAGAGCCAUGAGGCCACUAGAGAGCUGCUGAAGGUCAAAGAUCGGCUAAUUGAAGUGGAAAGGAAUAACGCCACUCUACAAGCAGAGAAGCAGGCCCUCCGCACCCAGCUGAAACAGCUUGAGACUCAAAGCAGCAAUCUCCAGGCUCAGAUACUAAACUUGCAGAGACAGACCACUUCACUGCAGGAGAACAACACUACCCUGCAGACCCAGAAUGCCAAACUACAGGUGGAGAACUCAACAUUGAACUCGCAGAAUGCUGCACUGGCAACCCAGAAUGCUCAGCUGCAGAGCCAGCAGUGCAGCGCAGAGAGUGAGAGAGAUGGGGCAGUGCGGGAGCGCGAGGAGCUCCGCACCACCUAUGAGCUCCUCCUGCGGGACCAUGAGAAGCUGGCUGCCCUCCAUGAGCGGCAAGCUGCUGAAUAUGAGGCACUGAUCGGCAAACAUGGUGGCCUGAAGACUGCGCACAAGAGUCUAGAGGUGCAGCACCGAGACUUGGAGGACAGGUACAACCAGUUGCUGAAACAAAAGGCUCAACUGGAGGAGCUGGAGAAAGUGCUGAAGGCAGAGCAGGAGAAGAUGCUCUCGGAGAACAAGAACCACCAGGCCACAGCUGCAGAGUACCACAAGCUGAAGGAAGACAAUGACAAGCUCAACACUACCUACCAGCAAUUGCUGAAAGACAAUGAGGGUCUUCAGGCUGACCACAAGAACCUGAAGAGCCAGCUGAACGCAGCCAAACUAGAGCAGACACGCCUGGAGGCUGAGUUCUCCAAACUCAAAGAGCAGUACCAGCAGCUGGACAUCACUUCCACCAAACUCACCAACCAGUGUGAGUUAUUGAGCCAGCUAAAGGGGAAUUUGGAAGAGGAGAACCGGCACCUGCUGGACCAGAUCCAGACCCUCAUGUUACAGAACCGGACACUACUAGAGCAGACUAUGGAGAGCAAGGACCUGUUCCAUGUGGAGCAGAGACAAUACAUUGACAAAUUAAAUGAGUUAAGAAGACAGAAGGAGAAGUUGGAAGAGAAAAUCAUGGAUCAGUAUAAGUUCUACGACCCCUCACCUCCCCGAAGAAGGGGCAAUUGGAUCACACUGAAGAUGAAGAAGCUGAUCAAGCCAAAGAGUCGUGAGAGAAUGCGCUCCCUCACUGUCACUCCCACUCGUUCUGAGUCCACUGAUGGUUUUCUUACUGGCACGUUGGCGCUGCCAGACAGCCAGGACAGUUCAUCUAUGGGAUCUGGAUCACUGGAUGACCCCCUGAGCCACAAAAGAAGCAGCAGGAGGAGAGCGCAGCACAGCAAUGCGCAAGGCUCCUCCAAUGCACUGAAAAGGCUGCCAUUUAUGAGGAACAGAUCCAAGGAGAAAGACAAAGAGAAGGCCAUCUACCGGCGUUCCAUGUCCAUGAACGACCUGCUGCAGACAAUGGCGCUGGCCGGGGGCCAGUGGACCGCCAGCACUGACCACUUGGAAGCCCCCGAGGAGGCAGCGUCAGCAGGCGGUAGCCUGCGCAUGAAGGAGCUGGGAUCUAUGGCGUACUCCACCAAUGCCAUCAACUACGCCACUCUCAGUCUGCCAGCCGGCCACAGCACCAAGCAGAAGCUUAAGAAUAAAGAUAAUGCAUCCUGUGAAGAUGUUACACCGACUUCUUCAGACGAGCAGAGUGGAGUUCGGACUCAAGGUACAGUGAAUGGCACCUUGAGCAGGCCCCACAGCGAGAGCAGUGGUGAAUUCAGCCUGAGCUUGGACACAGAGGUUUGGUCCAGUGGGAGUAGCCCAGUGCAGCAGUCACAUUCACAGAGAUCAUCUCAUCAGAGCCCCCUGCAGCUCCGCAAGAACCUGGAACCCACAGGCGCCCAGAGCAAGAGGAAGACCGGCUCUCCUGGCAGUGAGGUGUUGUCCCUUCAGCAGUUCCUGGAAGAGAGCAUAGACCUCCCUGAGUCCGGCAGCCAAGAGAACCUGACCAGAGAAUCACCUCGUCUGUCAGGAUCGACUGAGCCCGUGCAGAAGGAUCGUGCCAAGGGGCGGGGCAUCCUGCGCUCUGCCAGCGGAAAAGCCACACCCUCGGACUCCAGCACCUCACGAACAGGGCCAGGGCGUCCCAGCCUGCGCAAGGCUGAGAGCACCCGUGUUAAGGGCAGCCAACCCAGACCCAACCUGACCUCUCAAGGGAAGGCCACAUCCGUGUCCGAGCGCCUAGACGCCGCUGCCUCCUCCUCUUCCUCCUCUGCAGGUUUGCCCCGGGCCAGCAGUGUCAUCUCAACAGCGGAGGGCAGCACACGCCGGACCAGCAUUCAUGACCUGUUGUCAAAGGACAGUCGCCAACCAGUCUCCGUGGACCCCUCACCCUCCAAGAGCAGCAAACCUCGAGCCCAGCCUGUGCCCAAUGUGGAAGUGUUACAAGAACGCAGAAAAUCAAAAAGCAGAUCGGGAGAGCGGCAAAGCUCCUAAACGUUAGCCACAAGGGCUGGUGCUUUCACGAGCUUGAAGGGGUGAGUGUCGCUGCCCGCGAGGGGGGAUGGGAGGUCGCUAUGGUAACCCGGAGCGGUGGAACAGAUGUCUGAGCUGCACGUGCUUGCUUUUCCGUGCUGGUCUCUGGUGACUGUGGAGGCCAUGUUGAUGAUGGAUCCUGGCCUGCAUGGUUCACUGUGUGGGGAGGGUGGUUUUUUUGGCCUAGCUCUGCUUUCUGACCUGCCAGAUAUCCUCUGAUCCCCCCCUCUCCCUCCUUCUCAGUGGAAGUUUGACUGAGUGUCUCAAUGUCCCUGCUGAGGUAAAUCUGUAGUCUGAGCAGAUUUCAGUCGUUCCCCCCCCUCAGACGUGGCUUCAGUUACUGCAUGGUAUUAGAAAGUCUUGUGGCUGGAAACUCCCUCGCUUACCCAGCGCAUGCUGGUUUCUCCUGCCUCUAUAUUUAUGUGUGUGCAUGGACCGCGGAACUUAUUUUUGAUCAGUUGUCAUUUUACGGCAUUUUGUUUUUGUUUCAUAGCAUUGCCAUCAAGAUUGUCAAGGCUCGUCAGUCUGCUCCCAGAGUCCUUUGAUAGUUUGGCACUGCUUGCAGAGGCUGGACUAAUUAUUUAAAAUUACACUGGUGUAAUGAAACCGAUAGUAACGAAGCAGUGGUCAAGUAAAGACCUUUUUAAUGUGUUGAUUGUGAUACAGCUAGACGCAGUAGGGAUAUAAGUAGUGGUUGGCUGGUUUGGACUUUUCAAGUCUCCUGAUAUUUUGAAAGAAGCGUGGCCAGGCUGAGCGGCAGUAUCAUUCCAGAAGUGGUUUAUUCUGAAAUAUAGGCAGUGAAAACAAAUUACAAUAAAAGAAAGAUAUUUGUUACGCAUAACAUUGCCCAGAUAUCUUUUCAUUAGGAAAGCAAUAAUGUUAAAGUUCACUUUUAAAGCACAUUUGACCAAAAAUGAGCCAAAAACUCAAAAAGCUCAUACAGGGCCAGUCUGUAUAGGGGUGGGCAUUAUAGUGAUAUGUAUUGUUAUCAUGAUGAAUUAUGUCACAUUAUAUCAUAGUAUGCUUUUCAGAACAUAUUUUGGAUAUAUAUUGUCAGCAAACCGCACCUCUCCUUAUAAAGAGAGCACAAUUAGGCCCAUUUAAUUGAAUUUAGUUUAGUGCAGCAUUUAACAAAAAUCAUUAUAUUAGUAUUUUUUCAUUUUGGUAUUCAGGAAAAACUGAAUGUCAUGAUAUGAUGCAUAAUGUAUACUGUGAUAAUGUCCAAGUAUUUUAAUUUUGCUAUAUUGCCCACCUCUAAUUCUGAUUAUCAUUGCUUUGAUAAAGCUAAUAUAAGCUAGUGUCCUUAUGAGAUCUGCAAGCAUGAAGCUCUAUUAUGAGUUAUCUGCCUAUUCAAGUGAGAACCACAGAGUUAUGUUUACAUCCAGCUGGUCAGUGUAUUGUUUGAUCAGUGCUUGUGAGUCGUGCUAAUCAUCCGUUUCCAUGCAUUAAUAUAAGUAGUACUGGCCCACUUUUUAAAAAUGGGCCGUGCCAUGACCACCCGUUCCGCGGUCUGUGUGUGUGUCUUCUGUCUCACCAUUUCUGCCUGUAACCUCAUUUUUCUGACCUUCUCUCUUCAUCUCUUCGCUUCCUCCUUGUCUGCUGCCAACUCAGAGAGAAAAGUGACCUUCGACCUGACAGUCUGAAGCCUUGUUAAAAGUUCUGAGAUGGUCUUCGCUGAGAUUGAGAUGAUUGAAAGAUUGUAUGUCCUUUUUUGAAACAAUAAGGAUCCUUUCUCUGUUAUCAAAAUAAAGCGUCCCUUUUCCUUGAAUCAAGGAAACUUCUAAAAUAUGUUUGUGUUGACCGUUUCUGACAUAGCACUGCUGUAUUAUGGUGUUAUAAUAGACUACUUGUGCACUCCUUAAGUGGACCAUUCGUUUGGUGCCAAUGUUUGCUCCACCGAGUCAGAGGGAGCGUUUUUACCAAACCGUGCGGACUCCAGUCGGACCCUGGCGCGACUCUCAGCUGGCCUUUUUUACACUCUGCCAUUGGACUUUCUUUGUCUUACGAGCAUGCAUGUGAUGCUGCAUCUCUAAAGUUAGAAGACCAGCGUCGUACAACGAUCUGCACAAAUGCAACAUGGAUCACCACAUUCUGCAUGGAGCAAAGUCGAUCAACACGCCUCCCUUUCUUCCCAUCGCCAGUCAAAGUGGAUAGUAGCGUGAGUGGUUUCUCCAAGUACAGAGAAAAAGAAGAGAAAAAGACUCUAUGGGAAACUUCUUGCUUUUGUCACCUGGGUGUGCCAAAAACAAAGAGUACAGCAGGUUCCUGCCUUUGACAAGCUGUGUGUGUGUGUGUGUGUGUGUGUGUGUGCGCGUGCGUGCGUGUGUGUGUGCCUGUAAGACUACCGUCACCAUUCAGACCUGGCAUCUGCUUCCUUUUCCACUUUUACAUAAAUGCAUAAAUGUCAUGAAGCAAGUCUUGUAUCUGUUAUUUUGUAUUAUGACCACAUUUUCAGCUCACACCUUUCUAAAAUGAGAACAAAAGCCACCGAUGGGCCUGUAAUCAUUCGAAAAAAUACACUUAGCUAAAGCUAAUUCUGGUGUCCUGAAACCCUUCAUUCACACCAAUUAAAUAUGAAUGACUUCAAAAAGCA